AUGCGCGUCCCCAUCAACGCUGCAUCAACGCAGCCCACGCCUUUGCAAUCGCUGAUAUCACGAAGAUGGCGUCCACAAUGGGUAUGCGUCAGCUGUCGUCACCAGCAGCGACGGCAGCAAGGCUCCAACACUGCCCAGAAAGCACUGGACAAACCAUACUAUGUCACUACGCCCAUCUUCUACGUCAAUGCCGCGCCUCAUGUCGGACAUAUGUACACUAUGGUCCUGACCGACGUCAUGAAACGAUGGCAAGUGCUCAAGGGUCGGAAGGCGAUUUUGAUGACCGGGACGGAUGAGCAUGGCAUGAAGAUACAGCAAGCAGCCGCCAAAGCCAAUACGCAGCCGAAGGAGUUCUGUGACAAAGGUUCCGAUACGUUCAAAGAUCUUGCCAAGAAGAUUGACAUCAGCAAUGAGGUCUUUAUAAGGACGACAGAUCAACGGCAUAAGGAAGCCGUAGAAUAUGCGUGGUUGCGAUUAUGGGAUAAAGGGUAUAUAUACGAGAGCAAGCAUGAGGGCUGGUAUAGCGUCAGUGAUGAGACGUUCUACCCUCCAACCCAAGUACAGCUUAUAGUAGAUCCACCGACUGGACGAAAGAUCAUGGCUAGCAUAGAGACAGGGAAGGAAGUGGAGUGGACCAGUGAGCGAAACUAUCAUUUCCGACUUACUGCUUUCAAGGAAAAGCUACUCGGUUUCUACAAGUCGAAUCCAGACUUUGUCGUGCCCAGGACGAGAAUGGAAGACGUUGCGAACCAUGUUAACACAGCCCUGACUGAUCUGUCUGUGUCGCGGCCAGUCGAGCGUCUGACCUGGGGUAUACGGGUACCAACAGAUGAGAGCCAGACCAUAUACGUCUGGCUGGAUGCGCUGCUCAACUACGCAACAGUCGCUGGCUACCCUUUCACACCCGGACAAGAACAUGCAGGAGGUUGGCCGGCUGACAUUCACGUCGUUGGCAAGGACAUCGUUCGCUUCCACUGUAUCUAUUGGCCAGCAUUCCUGAUGGCUCUCGACCUCCCACUACCGAAGCAGAUCCUGACACACGCCCACUGGACAUUAGGACGGCAGAAAAUGGCCAAGAGCACAGGGAACGUCGUCAAUCCGUUCUGGGCACUCGAACGCUUCGGUAUCGAUACCAUGCGAUGGUACCUUAUACACGAAGGAGGCAUAUCAGAUGAUGCAGACUACGACAACCGCUUCAUAAUAGAAAAGUACAAGAAGCAUCUGCAAGGCGGUCUUGGAAAUCUCACUUCACGGAUCAUGCGUGGGAAAGGGUGGGAUGUCCAGCGAGCUGUCAAGCGCUAUGCACACCCUGAUCAUAGUAGUGAGCUCGAAACUUAUCCUGCUGUCUCUGAAGAGGCUUCUCGAGACGGACGGCGAGCAUUAGGUCGAGUGCGAGAGCUACCUGAGCGAGUCGAUAGUCACAUGCGCGACUUGCAUCCUAAUCGUGCGCUCCAAGCUCUAUCCAAAGCUGUGGCAGAUAUCAACGGCUACCUGCAACAAGCUUCACCUUGGACAGUCGUGACAAGGCUGCAGCAGAUUGCCUCUGAUACCACUGGCACCGAGCUGCAUGAAGCAAUGCGAGCUGGGCAAGGCCCUGACGAGCUCGAGGCAGAGAUCGACAGGACGAUUUACCUUGCUGCUGAGACGCUACGCAUGGUAGGUAUCAUGUUGCAGCCAUUCACACCAGACGCUUCGAAGCGAUUGCUUGAUAUGGUUGGCGUGGCCGCUGAGCGAAGAUCGUGGGAGUGGUGUGUGCUGGGUAAAGAUGAUGAGUAUGGUCAACCACUAGUCGAGAUUGGAAAGGGUGAGAAAGGUGUUCUGUUCCCUAGUCUGGUGAGCGAGUACUAG